GGGAUUUCUGUCUCUUGUAUCGCGAGAGCUCCGCUGUGGCUGUCCGGUUGCAGGGCCCGCUGACAACGCUGCGGAGAGGUUUCAAAAACUUCAGGUAUACAGAACCAUGGAGUACGUGACAGGAGCCACCGACCGCAGCCCUGGACACAUCUUGUGCUGUGAGUGUGGUGUUCCAAUUAGUCCAAAUCCUGCCAAUAUUUGUGUGGCCUGUUUGAGAAGCAAAGUAGACAUCAGCCAAGGUAUUCCGAAGCAAGUCUCGAUUUCUUUCUGCAAACAGUGUCAAAGAUAUUUCCAGCCACCAGGAACUUGGAUACAGUGUGCUUUAGAAUCUAGGGAACUUCUUGCUUUAUGUUUGAAAAAAAUCAAAGCCCCUCUAAGUAAGGUACGGCUUGUAGAUGCGGGCUUUGUUUGGACAGAGCCCCAUUCUAAGAGACUUAAAGUCAAACUGACUAUUCAGAAAGAGGUGAUGAACGGUGCUAUCCUUCAGCAAGUGUUUGUGGUGGAUUAUGUUGUUCAGUCCCAAAUGUGUGGAGACUGCCACAGAGUAGAAGCUAAGGAUUUCUGGAAGGCCGUGAUUCAAGUCAGGCAAAAGACUUUGCACAAAAAAACCUUCUACUAUCUGGAGCAGUUGAUUCUGAAAUAUGGAAUGCAUCAGAAUACACUUCGCAUCAAAGAGAUUCAUGAUGGCCUGGAUUUCUAUUAUUCCUCAAAACAGCAUGCUCAGAAGAUGGUAGACUUCCUUCAGUGUACAGUUCCUUGUAGAUACAAAGCGUCACAAAGAUUGAUCUCUCAGGAUAUCCAUAGUAACACAUACAAUUACAAAAGCACUUUCUCUGUGGAAAUUGUUCCAAUAUGCAAGGAUAAUGUUGUCUGUCUGUCUCCAAAACUGGCACAAAGCUUGGGAAAUAUGAACCAGAUUUGUGUGUGUAUUCGAGUAACCAGUGCCAUUCACCUCAUUGAUCCAAACACCCUACAAGUUGCAGAUAUUGAUGGGAACACAUUCUGGAGUCACCCUUUUAAUAGCUUAUGCCAUCCCAAACAGCUAGAGGAGUUUAUCGUGAUGGAGUGCAGCCUAGUCCAAAAUCUGAAGCGCGGUGCGGGUGCUGGGAUGGUAUCAAAAAAGCACACCCUCGGGGAAGUCUGGGUGCAGAAAACGUCUGAAAUGGACACAGAUAAACAGUAUUUCUGUCGCACUCAUUUGGGACAUCUGCUAAAUCCUGGAGACCUGGUGUUGGGGUUUGAUUUGGCCAACUGUAACUUAAAUGAUGAACACGUCAACAAAAUGAACUCAGAUAGAAUUCCAGAUGUGGUGUUAAUCAAGAAGAGCUAUGACCGAAGCAAACGUCAGCGUCGUAGAAACUGGAAACUGAAGGAGCUCGCGCGCGAGAGAGACAACAUGGACACGGAUGACGAAAGACAGUACCAGGAUUUCCUUGAAGAUCUUGAAGAAGAUGAGGCAAUUAGAAAGAAUGUCAACAUUUACAGAGAUUCAACCAUCCCUGUGGAAAGUGACACAGAUGAUGAGGGAGCACCUCGAAUUAGUCUGGCUGAGAUGCUUGAAGACCUUCACAUUUCCCAGGAUGCCACUGGUGAAGCAGGUGCCGCAAUGAUGACGUGAGAUGGAGCUGCAGACUCCACGUCUGAGGGACCUGGUAGCUGGGCUCACCAGUACUCCUGUCUCUUCCAUGUGUGCCUCCAUAUUGUGAGAGGAGAAAUUUAGUUUUAAACUGAAUAAAUAAUGACUAUUUUGAUGGCUCACUCAAAACACUGAAAAUGAUUGGUGGGUUUGAACUUUUAGAUAGUAAAAGAUUAUGGAGAUUGUAAUUAUUACUGACGUUUAGGCCAUUUUAUGUGUGGAAUUUUAUCACUGUGCUUUUUUAUACAAGGCUCUGUAGUAUUUUUACAUACUAUGGUGUUGGAUAUAAAAGCUCAAAGCUGGGGUUCCUUGGAUGUUAACUAAAUCUUUAAGCAUAAAGCAAGUUUUUAACAUUCUGUUUACAUUAAUUGCUUCAGUAGAAGAGCAUAUGAGUAAUCAUUUUUAAUAUUAAUUUGCUAGGCACUUUCAUCUACUUAGAUCAUUUUUAUGGCCUUGGGUAGUUAGGGUUCAGCUGAUCACUGGACUUUCAUGAAGAAAAUUAAUCUUUUUUAUUUCUUCAUAAAAUUAACAUCUUCAAAAGCUAUUAAAAUGAGGGUUAUCCUCAUGAUAGCAGAAAGAAAUAUAUUUAAAUAUUUAUGGAUUUGAAGCAAACAUAGAUCAGUUAUUUAAAGGUUAAAUAACAGUUUGUUCUUGCCUGUAUCUUCAGGUAUCUUAAACUUUGAUGCUUUAAGCUUAAGUCAGUAGCUGCUUAUAAAAUGUCUUCCUAUCAUGUCAAGGAUUUUGCUUUUAAAAUUUUGAUUUACAAAUUGAGGAGGAAGGAAUUUUCUCUCUGUAAGUUUCUACAUUGAACACAUCAUCAUGAAAAGAAGGUUAGGUUACAGCAUAAAGAUGAUGAAAUAAUAAAUGUGGUGUACAUCCUUUAUGAAACCAUGAAUCAGAUUUGAAUGAGGAAUGCCUUCUACAUUCUUGAAAAAAAAGCUUGGGUUUUAAAGUCUUCUGAGAAUGAAGUAUUAUUAAGAUCCUGUUUUUAUAAGAAGAUCAGACUUAUUAAGUGUGCCAAAACUAAGAGCUAAUUCAUUCAUUCUGCAUAUACCACUAAAUAAAGAGAUUGAGGCUGGGCACACUGUGGUGGACACCUGUAAUGCCAGCACUUUGGGAGGAUCACUCAAGGCCAGGAAUUUGAGACCAGCUUGAGCAACACAGCA